CAGGUGCAAUAGUGGUGAUAUGCGUCAUCCGCCAUUACUGUUAAAAAUUGUGAAAGUGCUUUGUGAAGCUUUUGUGAAAUAAAUCAAAUACUCUGUGAAAACGUUGUUAAAAAGUGAAAUGUGUAAUUGAACAUGAGUGAGUAUAGGAUGAAGGACGACUUCGACAAAAAUUCAAACUCAUCGGAAUUGUCAGUGGAAAGUUCUUGUGAAGUUUCGGACUCGUAUGACAUGUUUUUGAACAACAUAUCCAUACCGGUUUCUAUAGUGUCGAGGAAGCUUGAUUUUAACAAUUUAGACGAUGAUGAUGGCCACGGAGAGGCUCCGCGUGCCCCUCCGACCCUCAGCCCUCCGUACAAACGCGUCAGAGCUCUCAAACUUUUUGACAGCCCUUACACACCAAAAAGUCUUCUGCUAAAGUGUUCAACGCCAUCACAUCCGUCCCCCAGGACAAGGUUGCAUCCACCUAAAUUCAACGUGCCGACGGGCAUGCCGUCGGGAUCCAGCCACCACUUGCACCCACCGGCAGUCAACCCGCCCUCCGCAGUGUACAACCCGUCCUCCGACGAAGACAGCGGCCUAGGGAGCUUGCCGCCCGACGAACUCGAUCACACGCGGUCCAUGAGGCGACCACUCGCAAACAUCAACCCCUUCACACCAGACGGUCAGGCGUUGAAGAGAGCCCUGUCGAAAACACCAAAAAGUGACAGGAUAGUAAGAGAAUCCAACAUAUCCCGCUACAACGUGGAGUUCGUGGAGCUGGACGUUGUGGGCCGCGGCCAUUUCGGCGUCGUGACGCGCUGCGUCAACAAGCUCGACGGCUGUGUGUAUGCGCUUAAACGCUCGCUGCGCCCCGUGGCCGGCUCGGCCGCCGAGCGCGCCGCUCUCAACGAGGUGCAGGCGCACGCGGCGCUGGGCAAACACCCGCACCUCGUCACAUACUACUCGGCGUGGAAGGAGGACAAUCACAUGAUCAUACAGAGCGAGUACUGCGACGGAGGCUCGCUCCAGCAAAAGAUCGAGAAAGGACCGCUGCCCGAGAGUGAACUGCUGUUUCUAUUAGCGCACGUGGCGGGAGGACUCGCGUACAUCCACUCGCGCCAGCUGGUGCACCUUGACCUUAAGCCCGGCAACAUCUUCAUCUGCCGCGACGACGUGUCCGUGGCUGGCGACAGCGACGACAGCGCCGACGAAGACGACGCGCCUCAUGACCCUCACUACAAAUACAAGAUCGGUGACCUGGGUCACGUGACGUCCACGUCGACGCCCUCGGUGGAGGAGGGUGACUGCAGGUACCUGCCCAAGGAGGUGCUACAAGAGGACUACACGCACUUGACUAAAGCUGACAUCUUCGCUUUCGGUCUGACGCUGUACGAAGCUGGCGGCGGAGGCUCGCUGCCGAUGAACGGGCCGGAGUGGCACGACAUCCGCGACGGCAAGCUGCCGGACCUGCCCAAUCUCUCUCGGGAGUUCAACCAGCUGCUGAAGAAAAUGGUCGACCCAGACCCAGCGCAGAGGCCCUCGGCGGCGCGCAUCCGGCGACACCCGCUACUACAUCCGGGCGGCAACAAGAGCAAAGCACAGCUGAGGAGAGAGCUGAAGGUGGCACGCAUGGAGAACGAGUUCCUCGCCAAGAAGCUACAGGAGGCCUCCAAGUGCAUAAAGUCUUUAACACCGAGGGUGCCGGCUGGAGGAGUGGCGCAGGAGUCAGGGAAAUACCUCACUAGAUCAGCUAAAAGGCUACAGUCAGCGACCAAACCUACUAGAGCCAGCAGGAAGACUGACGCCGAUAUGGACUUCACUAAGGGUUGUAAUAAAAAAAACAUAAUGACAAACUUCAGUAAAAAACAAAAAAUUCAAAAAAUCGAUCGUUUUCUAAUUCAAGAUGAUAAAAUGUCGACGAAUUGCAAUGUUUGUAAUCAAAUUAAAAUGGAGGUGAUUUGGUUGAGGUUUAUUAUUUUAUUCCUACCAUACAGCUUGAGCCAUACAAUACGGGAGGAAAUUAUAUUUCAUUAUAAUAAUACAUAUAAAUACAAUGAACCCUACACAGUGGAAGUUAGUAAAACCACAGAAUAUAUUAUGGAAUUUGCAGGAGACUAUGAUGGGUACAACACACCAGCCCGCGUGACAGUGGCUAGUGAUUUUGCGAACCGGACAUACCCUUUGUUCAUAACAGCAAGACAACAAAAAGGUGUAUUCUCCUGGCAGCUGCCGAUGUUGGUUCAAACUGUCGACACUCUGGAGCAGUUCACCAACAUCUCGAGAACGCUGUGUCCACACAACAACAUAUUCUCCGAAGAUGAGGAGACAUGCGACGUUUCAUCACUCAACACACCAAUAGUACACCUAACUUCAUCCUCACCCGAUCCCAUAAAGGUCACAAUAACUGUAGAAACAGUCGAAGACUUCUACAUCAAACUGAACGCAGUGACCAAUCUCACAAGCACCCCGAGUCAGCCCAAAUACUACUUCUAUCCCUUCGACCAGGGGCCUAACAAAAUGGUCGAUGUGAACACACAGAGUAUUAAAAAGAAGUACAUUUGCAAUAAGGAUUUGGAUUUGGAAGAGCAGAGAACGCUAGAAAGGUAUUUUGUGAAGAGCAGUUUGAAAGGUGAUGAUUAUAGCUGGUGGUCCAAGCCUCAGAGUGUAAUACUUAUGAUCGAGUCAGAUGACGACAUAUGCGCUGUCGUUUCUAUACAGAAUUUCUCGUGUCCAGUAUUCGACAACGAGCGGGAUAUUUUGUAUGAUGGCUACUAUUUAACUAUGACAAGACGCGGUGGCAUCACAUUGACGCAAGACACGUUCCCGCUUGGCUUCUACAUAGUGUUCAUAGUGAAGACUUCGGACGGCGAUUGUACGGGCAGUGUCUCAUCAAACGCAACCUUACCGAAAAUGGCGCAGUAUUUCGGCUGGGACGACACCGUCAGCGUUGGCACUAAUGAUGGCAGAGUCAAGAGGUUUAGUUUCAAAGUGAUACAAACGAUAUCGUACAAGGAGUACAUGAUAGCGGCGGGGGCUGCCUUGGGAUUCUUCCUGUCUUUCUACGUGGCCUUCGUGAUAGCUGUGCUGUGCCAAGGGAAGCGACGGAACCACCAUGGCGAUGGAGAUUCCCUCAUCGCCCCCACGAUGCCGCACAACAAUGAGAGCGUGCGUGCGUCGACGCCGCGCCGACGCCGACACGUCAUCAACGAAGGCAGCAGCGGCUCGCGAGACGUGGGCGACUCGAGACGUACAGGAGGCAGUUCUUCUUCAGACACGGAGUCGGGGCAGUCCACGCCGGAGGACGCCGACGACUCAUACCCUCACGGGGGGAAACUUUGCGUCGCCAGUCUGGCCAGAUGUCGCCCGCGCGUGCUGCAGGCUCGCUCGAAAAUGUACCUCUGGAACGUGCUCACAGUGGCGGUGUUCUACACGCUGCCGGUCAUACAGCUGGUGGUCACCUACCAGCGGUUGCUCAACCAGUCGGGCAACCAGGACCUGUGCUACUUCAACUUCCUGUGCGCGCACCCGCUGUCGGCGCUGUCGGACUUCAACCACGUGUACUCCAACCUGGGCUACGUGCUGCUGGGCGCGCUAUUCCUGGCGCAGGUGUGGCGGCGGCACCAACAGCAUCGCCAGAAAACGCCUGCAAAAAAAGAGCUGGGCAUCCCGCAGCACUUCGGGUUACUGUACGCGAUGGGCAUUGCGCUAGUGAGCGAGGGGCUACUGUCCGCCGCCUACCACGUGUGCCCCAACAGUAUGAACUUCCAGUUCGAUACGUCGUUCAUGUACGUGACGUCGGUGCUGUGCAUGGUGAAGAUCUACCAGUCUCGGCACCCCGAUAUCAACGCGCGCGCGCACGCCACCUUCGGCGUGCUGGCGCUCAUCAUAUUCAUUGGUCUGGUAGGAGUGCUGAAUGCGAACUUCUACUUCUGGGUGGCGUUCACUGUGCUGCACUUGGUGACCUGCCUCGUCAUGACCUUCCAAAUAUACUACCUCGGCAGGUUUAGACUCGACGGCGGGGUUGUGUACCGUGCGGCGCGCGAGCUGUUGCGGCGACCGCUGGCCGCAGUCACGCCCACGCACUGCGGCCGCUGUGUGAUGUUGGUCAUCGCCAACGUGGCCAACUGGGCGCUCGCAGGAUACGGGAUGUCGCAGCACAGCCGCGAUUUCGCGUCCCACCUGCUGCUGGUGCUGAUGUCCAACCUGUUCCUGUACACGCUGUUCUACAUCGUCAUGAAGCUCUUGCACCGGGAGUCCAUACGAUGGUACAGCUGGAUCUUCAUAGCGACGACGUACACGAUCUGGUUCGGCUCCAGCUACUUCUACCUUGACCUCAGCACCAACUGGGCGCUGACGGCGGCGCAGUCGCGCCAGAGCAACCGCGUGUGCUCGCUGCUACAGCUGUACGACUCCCACGACGUGUGGCACUUCCUGUCCGCCACCGCCAUGUUCUCCUCCUUCAACAUGUACCUCACGCUGGACGACAACCUCAGCGACACGCCGCGCGCCGACAUGAUGGUGUUCUAAGCACCCAUUACACCAAAAAUGCAUGCACUCCGUUAUAACACGACAAAAGGGCAUGGUGUUCCAAGGACCAACUAAUGGAUUCGAUCCGAGAAUACGACGAUCGAUUUCAGCAUAGUUUACACGAUGCCAGUUUAACGGGCAAGCCGCUUGCUUGGAUUUUAAAGUACUUAGUGCACGAACUUAAUGGAUUCAAUCCGCGUUAACACGACGAAAUUGCUAAUCAUAUUUUACGCAAUGCCAGUGGGUUGGCGACAGUUCAACAAGGCAGUCACUGGCUUGAAAUAUAGGCGGGGACUCUAUUCCUGCAUAGCGUUCAAAGUACUCUGUGCACCAACAUAAUAGAUUCAAUCCUUGUUAACACGACGAAGUGGUUUAAAAACUGUGCAGUUUACACGAUGCCAGUGGGCUGACGCCAGUUUAACAGGCAAUUCACUGGUGCAGAAUAUUUCAAAAAAGUUUAUAUUGGUUUUAAAAAAUUCAAAGAGCGUGUCAAAAGUAAUUUAUCAAAGUGGAGUUUAUGAAAAGAAGUUUAUUAAACCAUUUUUACCUAAUUAACAGUACCUACUACCACUUUUCCAAGUUCUUAUGUCUCUACUCAAAUACCUACUAUAUUUAUAUUUUGGGAGCGAAAAUGUCUAAGCCAAUUUAGAUGCAUUUCAUUUACGCGUGAAAUAUCGGCAUGCAUCACUUAUUAUUUGUUUCUUGCGCGUUUGCUCUGUUGCUUUUUAGGUGACUUUCUUCAAAAGGAGGUUAUCAAUUCAGAUUCGUUUUCAUGUGUUUGGGCAUGGCAUGGUUUAUAAAGGAAUAAAAAUCGUCUUUAUUGACACAAACAACAUAAAUAAUAAAAAUAAUAAAAACUCAGGAAACAAAACUUAUGAACUAGGGCGUAAAGGCGGCCUUAUCACUGGUAGUUAUCAUUUCCAGGCAACCACCAAAGGCAUGCCGACAACAAAGAUGCACUGGUUGGUUCACAAAUAAAAAAGAAAGAAAAGAAAACCAAUUUAUCAAUUUUGAAACAUGCUAUAAACUUACAUAAAAUUACUUUCACUAUAAUUUACACCCUCUGUGACAAUGGAGCUGGCUCAGUAUACCUGCACACUAAAAGGCGCAACACUGGUCUCAGCGAACCUUAUCUUCAUCAUUCAAUAAUCAGUAAAAUUAAAAUACCAUAUAAUAAUAUAGAAUGAAAAAAAUAUAAAUAAUUAUAUUAAAAAAUAUAAAAUUACACAAAACUUAAUAGAAACUAGUCGGCGUCAGAUUACUGCGUGUCCUUUCAGGGCUAACGUAGUGGUAGUGUAGUGGUAGUAGGCACUGUUAAUUAGGUAAAAAUAGUUUAAUUAUUUAUUUUCAUAAACACCACUUUGAUAACUUACUUUUAGCAUUUCACUUAAUUGCACUGAAAAUCGUCAUAAUUUCAUUAAUAUUUGUUAAAAAUAUUAUAUUCA